ACUUGCAUCCCUGCAUUCAUUGGCUGGCCUUGUUGACACCAGAUACAGCGAUGUAAGAUGGCGAUGCAAGAAAGUCUAUGUGGUAAUUGUUAAUGUUUUGUUUCGAAUUUCAAUGUUUCAAAAACUCAUCCAUAACAAUGAAUAGAUGAUAAUUACGGACUUAACUAUUGCCGUAAAAUAUUAAGAAUGUUGGAAUUGGAAGUGGUGCCCGAACGAUCACUUGGCAAUGAACAAUGGGAGCUGGUUUUAGGAAUGGCAUUUAGCCAAGUUGUUCAUAUUUUGCAGCAGCAAUUUCAGUCCAUAAAAAAUGUACAAGUUCUUUAUAGUGAAUUGAAUCCUUUGGUAAUGGAUUUGGUAAUUAACUUAUCUCAAGAUGGCAUUCGAUUAAUAUUUGAUCCUCUUUCACAGAGAUUGAAGAUUAUUGAAGUUUAUUGUAUGACCAAAACCAAACUGAAAUAUUGUGGGAAUGUGUUUUGCUCACCAGAGGUACCACCUACAUUAGAACAAAUUGAUCAUUCCUUUGGGGCAACACAUCCUGGAGGUAGGUCCGUGAGUCAUUUUAAAAACCCUUUUGAAUUUGCUGAAUUUAGAAAACCAUGGCUUGCGCAUUGGCUUACAGAAUAUCAUUCCUCUCAACAAGUCUUUGUAUUAAACUUUCGAGGACUCACUUUUGCAUUUGCCAUAGAUCCCAGUGUGCCACCCAGAGUUACACCUGGAUUAGGAAGCAUUCAGUUUGGGUCAUUUCCGAUUGUCUCCAAAAUGUCUAUUUACAGUGGAAAUAGUCUUUCAGAAACAAGGGCUCCAUCAUUACCAAAUAAUAGUUUCUGCAACCAUUGUUAUUUAGAAAACUUAGAUGUUUUGAGGGAGGGAGAAGAAACUAUUGGUGUUAAGCUGAAAAUAAUAACAGAAGAUUUAGACUCAAAUAAACUCCUGGAAUUUCGCAAAUUAGUCAUGACAAAAGUUAUUAAAUUUGGAGAUUCAGCACAGGAUGUGACGAGUGCAUUAGGAUCUCCUAGUAAAGUAUUUUAUAAAUCAGAAGACAAAAUGAAAAUACACUCUCCAAAUUCUCAUAGAUAUAGGAAAUUAAGUUGCUCAGAUUUUUUCUACAAUUAUUUUACCUUAGGAUUGGAUAUCCUUUUUGAUGCCAAAAGCCACAGAGUAAAAAAGUUUAUAUUGCAUACAAACUAUCCUGGUCAUUAUAACUUUAAUAUUUAUUUUCGAUGUAACUUCAACUUGCCAAUUGAAGUAAAACCACCUUCUGAAUCAGAAGAUAUGACUCUCAUAGAUGUAUCAGAAAAGAAGCAUAUUAUUACUGCAUUUACUAAGUGGGACACCAUGGAAGAACACUUAAAAAAGCCUCUUGAACGUCCUGUUGUUUUAAAUAGAGCAUCAACGCACAAUGCAACAAACCCUUUUGGUUCAACCUGUUGCUAUGGUUACCAAGAUAUAAUAUUUGAAGUAAUGCCUAAUAACCAUCUAGCUUCAGUGACCCUGUAUCAAAGAAAGAAACUACAGAGAAGCGUUGAUGUUUGACAUUAGGCUUAUAAUAUGAACUCAAUUUUUACAUUAUUUAUAAAGAACAAGGAUCAGAGACUCUUUUUCUUAAAUGAGUUUCACACACUCAUUCAUCUGUUUAAAAUACUGAAAUUUGUAUUCAGCUUGCUCAGCGCCAUCUAUUAUUCACUCCAAAAGGUGCAUAAAUAACUCGAGUACCUUACAUAAGCGAGACGGAUCUGCAGAUUGUAAUAAACACUGUUGCUUCUUUAAGUCUUUUUACGUGAACAUGCCUCAAGUAAAACCAGUUUUUUGAAAAAAAACUGAACCUGACCAAAGUGAGAUAGAUAUCUAAAGUAAAUGUACUUCAGAUGUAUAGUCAUUCUAAAAGCAUAUUUUAAAAUUUUGUGAAAAUGUUAUUUUUAGCUGUUGCAAUUGAAUUUCCUGUAAUAGUCUUUUUAAACAAGUAUCAGUCCUUAAAUUGUUGCUGUGUAAAUAUAUAUAUUCAUUAUUUAUGUACUAUAUCCACCAAUUUUAAUUAUUUUUUUUCUUUUUAGAAAUUCUCUUUUUUUUAAAAAAUAUUUUUGAAGAAUUAUUUGUUUGAAUACUUGCUGGAGAUGCAAAAUAAAGAGUUUUUGCUCUCUCCUAGGCCAUGAUUUGUAGAUCUUUAAAGAUUUUUACUUGUAUUUAGGUUGUGUUCAAGUACUGUAUGCCAUUGUAUAUGUUAUUCUCUUGUAAGAGCCAAAAUGAAUGGAUAUGAAUGUUGAUUGGUUCAAAAAGAAAAAAAAAAAUGUUUUUAUACCUUGUAUUUUUAUGUAUUAUGUCUAUCGUUUGACUUUUAUUCAAUAAAAGAUUUGUUUACUUGUUA